AGCAGUCUCCCUGUCUCGCACGCUUCUUAGCAUCAAGUUUGUGCUCGCUGCAUCUCGCCCCCGAUUCGUGCUCUUUCCGCAAUCCCAGUCUCGGAUCGGAACCGUAUUUCGCUGGCAAAAACCCUAUGCCUUCAGGCGAGGAAUUCAUGUCCUGCCGAUCUAGCUCUUCGAGGAUUCCCGGGCGGGGAUGGCGAUCUUGAAGCGAGGGUGUCAAUUUUCGGUCAAAUUGUAAGGGGUUUCGAGAGUGGAUUACAUGAAAGAUCUCUUUGGUCGGACGAAGGUUUCGGUGAGGCGCUUGCCGCCGUCUAUGGUGCAGGCGGCGCUGGUGGAUCAGAUCGACAGCAAGUUCGCCGGCCGCUACGAUUGGUUCUGCUUUCGCUCCGGGAAGAAUAGCCAAAAAGACCAGAGACAUUCACGGGCAUACAUCAACUUUAAGAGACCGGAAGAUGUAGUUGAGUUUGCUGAGUUCUUUGAUGGACACAUAUUUGUCAAUGAGAAGGGAGUUCAGUUUAAGGUUCUUGUAGAGUAUGCACCAUCUCAACGAGUUCCGAAACCAUGGUUAAAGAAAGAUGGCUGUGAAGGAACUAUAUUGAAGGAUCUCGAAUACAUGGAGUUUCUUGAGCUUAUAUCAAAGCCCGUGGAACGUCUUCCUAGUGCUGAAAUUCAGCUGGAGAGGAAAGAGGCUGAAAGAGCUGGAGCUACUAAGGAAGUACCCAUAGUAACACCAUUGAUGGAUUUUGUUCGACGAAAAAGAGCAGCUAAACAUGGUGUUCAGAGAUUAUCUGGCAGCAGUAAAGUUCGUAAACGAACUCCAGGAGUUUCUUCUAGCUCUUCAAGACCUUCAGCUAAAAGGGGUUCUGAGAAGCGUAGAGUUGCGACUUCAACUGUUGUGCUUAGGGAUGGCAUGAAAAAGAGGGCUUCUAAAGACAAACCAACCUACUUAUUAAUGUCGAGGAAGGAAGACAAUCAGUCUGCUGUGGGCAAAUCUAUUUCUGUGCUUUCUACAAUGGAAAAGGAAACACAAGAAAUUGAAUUUGAUCCAGGAGUUGUUGGAUCUGAAAAUGACAGACUUGUGCUUCUGAAAGUGAAGGAGAAAGAAUCAUCUGAUGCUUCUAAAGUUUUGUCAUCACACCAGAUUGUGACAUCUUCAGUAAGAAGUUCACCAAUUUCAACAUCUAGGAAGAACCAUGCAAGUGGAAAGAUCAUUAGAAGCAUACUCAGAAAGGAAGGUCGCAUGGAUCAAUCAUAUAUAAGUACAACCCACACUGAGCAGCUAAUGGAUAUGGCAAAAGUGGAGUACAAGCAUCCACCACGAUCUCCUAGUGCAGACUUGAACUCAAAAGAUCUCACACACUAUAGUUUUUCAUUCACAUCUUUUUCUGAUGGCGAUGAUAAUAAAUAUACAGAUGAUGUGUCUGUCAUAGACAAUAAACAUGGUUCUGUAUCAAUUAGCAAAAAGCAUGACAGGCGAACUAGGAAUAAGGAAAUGCCUGAUCAUGGUGUUUGGGCUCCUCUUCAUCAUCCAGUCAGAUCUCAAUCCAAUGAUGGAAUUCCUUCAUCUUCUGAAGAUGCUCAGGGUUUAGCAAAUUCUUUCAAAAGCUUCUUUUCUCAACGGGCAUCAAGGAAAAUUGAAGAGAUAGCCAUUCAAAAUGCUAGCAUUGGACAAAGCAACAAUUUGGCUUUCUAUGAAACAUCACUUGGUCAUGGAGAAAGAAAAACUAAUGUGUCUUCUGCAAGAAGUGAAGGUAUGAAGGUCCAUGGAGGCGGACGAGUUGACUAUUCCUCAGUGGAAAAUGGUUCUCAUAGGCAUGUUGGUCAUCGUGGAUCAGUAUGUGGUCAAAAGGAUGUGAUUACCUCUCUGAAUCUUUCGAAAGGAAAGAGUUCCAAGAGAGGUUCUACUGUCUAUAGUUCCCAUGAGAGACAAGUAUGGGUUCAGAAGUCAGGCUUCGGCUCCUGAAUUUUUUACUGACCGAUUUGUCCAAUCGUGGAAGUGUUUGGCUUGGAGCCCUUUUUUGAGUUUUUGGUUACGUGAAGUGCAUAGUGCAAUGCCUCUCUGGGUAAAUUCUACUCGAAUUAUGCUAUUACUGAAUUGCUCCCCAAGUACAGCUAUAACUCCAGUUGAAUGAAGAAAGCACAGACUAAAUUAGUUAACAGGUGAAAUAAAUUUGCUUUUCUGCAAGUUGCUGUGAAGCAUGAUCUACUUGAAUGGAAGCUUAAGUUUGUCAAGGAUGGUGAUUGUAGUUGGCCUGGAAGGUGAGGCCAUUCUCCCACAGCAUCAAACAAUGUUUGGCUAAGAUAUUUUUGACAUAUUAUAGCACAGUAUCCCCUCGAGUAGCUUAUGUAAAAGAGCUAAGAGGCGUUUUGGAGCUAGUCUCUUAGUAGAAAGGUGUAAAUAAUACUGUGCCCAUUGUUUAUAGGUUUAUGUAUGACCGUGAUGCUUCUCUGAACUGCUUUUGGUUUUGCCAUUAGUAGCUUUAGUGAGGAGAUUGCAGGUUGAGAAAGUCAAGCUAAGUGAAAAGUCUUCUGUGCAAUUAA